UUACACGAUUACACGAUUUACAUAUAGAAAUAUUCAAUUAAGAAACUAAUUCUUAUGCUUCACAGUAAAUAUUAAUAUUCUGAAAUUUCUACAACUGAGUACAAUCUCUCGAAGAACAAAAUUGAGGAAUUAAACUGUUACGGCGAUUGCACAAAAAGGGAAACCGAAAAUCAAUAAACAAUGUCAAUUUUAUUUCAAACGACUAUAUUGAUUGUUUAUUUGGUUUCAUUAUCAACUCAAACUAAUAUUGGGCAUACAUGGAACAAUCAUCACUGGGACCUAGAAAAGGAAACACAACAACAACAAUAUCAAGAUGACAUUGAUCGUAUUGAUGAGCAUAAUGAUGAUCAUACUAAUGACGACGAUGAUCAAUAUUUGUAUUUAUUUAAUUUAAAUAGACAACCAUCCUAUUCAACUAACUUCAGGCGUAAAGUAUUUUCAGGUCCAAAAAUCAAUUUACUUAUUGAUAUGGAUGAAGAUGUUGAUAAACUACAAGAAUCGGCUUCUUCGUCUUCUUCUUCGCCUCCUACAGAUGAAAACAUUGAGUAUUUAAAUCCAAUUUGGCCAAAUCUAAUUUAUUAUAGAAAUCCUUUAAAAAAACGUGACAAAACUAUUGAUUGGUUCAAUGAAAAUACUCAACUAACGGAUAAUAGUCUGAUUGUAAAAAAAAUGCCAGAAACUAUAAAAUGGUCUACACCAAUUCAACCGGGCAAUUCAAAAGAUUUACGUAAAUUACGUAAUCUAGAUACAUUUAAUACGGAACAAUAUAAACAUCGAGAUGAAGCAAAAUCAGAUGGUACACAUCAGAAACAUUCAAGAUCUUGGACAAACGAAAGUGAGUCGGCCGUAAACGAGCAAAGCGAACGUCGAGGUUUGUACAAUCUCUGAAAAAAACAUUUAUGAACUUUGUCCUUCAAAAUAUUUUCACAUUCAUAAUCAUGAUUUAGACUAUCAGUAGUGAUCUAUAAUGGAUGGUAAAGAUGUGUUUAGUUAGUUUGUUGUAAAUAAACUUUAAUGAGACAAAAGAAAAUAUCUGAUUGUUUCACAUUUCUAUUAAACUGUCACAUGACUAAAAUAUCGUCACUUUAAAGUUACUGAACAACUAGUCUUUUUAGUUUACUUGGUGUUGUUUCACUUGUAUCUUCCCAUUAUUAUUUAAGACUGUAAUUGAUCAGUCUCAUGUUUGCAUAUGUGCAUCCUGCGCGAAUUACCUCGAUAUAGUCUUCUUAGUGUAGAAUAUUUACACAUUAGUAUAAUUACUGAACUGUAACAGGGUGUUAAGAAUAC